UAGACAAUAUCAGUCAAUCGUGUGUUUAUCGCCUCCAACAUUCUUGUCUGAUUUUUGUUCCUAAUCCUUUUCGGUUUUCUGGCGUUUUAAUCGAAAAGUGCAUCAGACAGCCCCAGAUAGAUGGAGAUGUCCUCCUCAGCCUCCGCCGCGCCAUCCGUGCUGCUCAACACAGGGGCUCGGAUGCCUCUUUUGGGUUUGGGGAUGUACAAACUGUGCGAGGCUGUGCUCCAAGCUGUGGAUGCGGCCCUGGCUGCGGGCUACCGGGCCUUCGACAGCGCCACCGUGUACGGGAAUGAAGCCGAGCUGGGUCGCAGCCUUAAGGAGCUCCUGCCAAAAUACGGAUUGACCAGAGAGGACGUGUUCAUCACCAGUAAACUGGCCCCCAAAGAUCAGGGCGAGAGGGCCAUGGAUGGAGCCCUCGAAAGCCUGUCCAGCCUCGGGAUGGAUUACAUCGACCUCUACCUGAUCCACUGGCCUGGGACUCGGGGUCUGGAUGUGACUGACCAGCGUAACCGAGGCAACAGAGCUCAGAGUUGGGCUGCGCUGGAGGAGCUGCACGCUCAAGGGAAACUGAAGGCCAUUGGGGUGUCCAACUACACACCGGCACACAUGAGGGAGCUCGUGGCCAGCUGUAAGGUCCGGCCCGCGGUGCUGCAGGUGGAGUUCCACCCACUUGAAUGCCAGGCCGAGCUGAGGCGAGUGUGCCAAGAGUUCGGCGUGUGCUUCCAGGCCUACAGUUCCCUGGGGAGGGGGGAACUCCUCGCAGACCCGAUGGUGGUCCAAGUGGCCGAGACCUGCCAGCGUACGCCCAGUCAGGUGCUGCUGCGCUGGGCGGUGCAGCAGGACGUCCCGGUGCUCCCCAAGUCGUCCAACCCGGAGCGGAUCAAGGAAAACGCCAGGAUUUUCGACUUCGCACUGAGUGACGGCGACAUGGGCAGACUGUCGGCUUUGGAUCAAGGACACAAGUACUGCUGGGAUCCCUCCCAGAUAACUGCAGAUGUGUUUUGCUAGCCCAAAAUGUCCGGAGACAAGUUUUGCUCUGACCAACCAAUCAGAGGACAGAAAAAUGCCGCUGUCAUCAAAGGUCAGCGCUUUGGCCCCCCCGUGAGGACAAAUUUGAAAUGUGAUUGGUGAGGUUACCUGGGCCAGCACAACUGAUUGUGAAGGCUAUGGGCAGAUUAGACAAUUUCCAGUGUCGAAAUACUCAUACUAUGUUCAGAGUCAUAUUAUGAACUGUUUGUAUGACCAGAAAGGAUUUUUUUUUUUUGGGUCCUAAAAACUCUUUAUUCAGGACAGCGUCAAGGAUGAGAAGUUUCACAGCUGUAGAGAAAAUGCAUUUACAAAUCUCUGUUUUAAAAAAAAAAAAAAAAA